CAUAUACUGCCUUACCACCUACAGGGUAAUGCGCAAGUUACAGUCCGGUACUCUGGUGGCUGAAUGGUGAUUCCUCUACGCCACAAUACGCUGUGUGCCAUUUCGCUAACAUGGAUUGCAAUCUUCUGUUUAGUAUGCAUACUUACAGCUGAGGGCGCGAAGCCGGCCCACUGUCGCGCUGACCUGCCCGGCUGUUGCCCCAACGUUGUCGAACAUGUAGUCCUCCUGCACAUAGAGAAGACGGGAGGCACAUCAGUGCGGACGUUUCUUCAGUCGGCGGUCAAAAAGAAGUUCCCGAAGUCAGGCGCGAUAUGCAACUACCUCAAGUACAUGCCCUAUCAGUGCCAGCCCAGCAGCGCGAACGGCGGCAGCUCCACCUGUAAUCAGAAAAACUACGAUUACUACGACUCUACCAUAGCUACUGGGUCACACUUCCGGAAAGGCUGCAAGUUGACGUCCAGCCACCAUGACUUUCGUAUUAUUGAAGCUAUCCCGGAGGAGCAGCGCAAGACGACGCUGCUGAUCGUGAACCUGCGGGACCCGGCAUCACGUGCGGUGAGCCACUACCACAUGCUCAAACGGCACGGUGACCCGGGCGCACUCAACGCGAGCGGCGUGGUGGAGUACUUCACGACUGACCCGCUGGGCGUGUCCAUCAGCCGCAACCGCAUGACCCGCGUGAUGGCCGGCGAGUUCUGCUGCAAGGACGGCGCGCCGGCGCGCUACACUGGCGCGGCCAUGUAUAAGCUCGCGCUGGAGCGGCUGGACGAGUUCUGUGUGGUGGGGCUCACCAGCCGUGUGCAGGAUACAAUGCUGUACGUGCUGCACGCGCUCGGCCUUCCCACUGACAAGCCGCCCAAGAACCUGCACUACCACAACAACGCCAAGAAGUACCAGCCCACGGCACCCGAGGUCCUGAAACAGCUGUCGGACUUCAACGCGCACGAUGUGGACCUGUACACGGCGGCCCGGACCCGCUUCGCCGAGCAGAUGAGCGCGCUGGGCGAAGCUGGCUCCGGCAAUAGUGAGGGUGGCGACGGGGUCAAAGGGGAAGGAGUUUCUGAGGGGUCAGGGAAGACGGAGGUAAUAGACACAGCAAGAUGAGCAUGGCUCCGUGGUGUCCAUGGUGUAGCACCCUCCGCUGCGUUUGGGGCAUGAGACGCCUUGGGAUUGGGAAGGGUUCCGGAACAUGUGGCAUGCCUACGCGCAUGCAACAUCUGAGAGAUGACUUAUGGAUAGGCUGAUGCGACCAGGCGCUCAAUGCUUGUGCCGCGAUGUCCGACACUGGGCCGCUAUACGCGCAGCUUGUUCCAAGACCGUAUCGACGGGGCUAUCAUGUAGCACCGGCCGUCGCCGUCCGGCCGUCGUACGGCGAUGUAAGGUCCCCCACGG